AUGGGGAUUUGGAUCCGAGCCUUGGGGGACGCCCACAGUAAGAAGAUGAGAGGCAGGAGAGCAGCCAACCAGCAAGAUGGAGAUGGAGCCGUCAGAAAGCUCAAGGUAAGCAGGGCCAUCUUGGCUCUAUGCUGGGCGAGCGGAGGGGCUCUGCUCUGGAGUGACGCUCGACUUCUCUCUCUCCCGGGCUGCGGGGUUCCGGCCAUUAAGCCUGUCAUCACUGGCCAUGCCAGGAUUGUGAACGGCGAAGAAGCUAAGCCUGGGUCGUGGCCGUGGCAGGUCUCUUUGCAGGAUGGAACUGGAUGGCAUUUCUGUGGCGGUUCCCUCAUCAACAGCCAGUGGGUGGUGACGGCAGCUCACUGUGAGGUCGCGAGGUCCGAUUUCGUGAUCCUUGGUGAGCACGACCGAAGCUCAGAUAAGGAGGCGAUUGUAAAGAUGGCUGUGGCGAAGGUCUUCACCCACCCGGACUGGGAUGACUAUAACAUCAAAUAUGACAUCUCCCUGAUCAAGUUGGCCUCCCCGCUGACAUUCUCCGAAACCGUGUCCCCCGUGUGCCUGGCUGAAGCUGGUGAAGACUACGACAGCGGUGAUCUGGUGGUCACCAGCGGCUGGGGCAAGACCCGCUACAAUGCCUUGCAGACACCAAGCCGGCUGCAGCAGACCGCUCUGCCCCUGCUCAGCACCCCGGAGUGCAAGUCAUACUGGGGCAGUAAUAUCUACGAAAGCGUCAUGGUCUGUGCUGGGGCGGCUGGUUCCUCCUCUUGCAUGGGUGACUCUGGCGGCCCGCUGAUCCAGAAGCGUGGUGAGGCGUGGCACCUGGUGGGCAUCGUGUCCUGGGGGAGUGGCUUCUGCUCCACUUCGACCCCCGCCGUCUACGGCCGCGUGUCCGCAUUCCGGGACUGGGUUGACCAGAUCGUUGCCAACAACUGA